UCCCCCAAAACAAUGGGAUAGUUGAUCACCAACAGUCCCUAUGGUGCCCAUAUAAAUAGAGGCCGCUUGGGCUUCUUCCAUCCUACCUCUUCAUCCUGCUUUGAACUCCUAUUUCCUCUCUACCUCUAAAUCUUUUAAGAGCUUGUUCCUCUCUUUUAGUAUCUCUUUCUGCUCAUUGACAAUGGCUUCUGAGACAUCUGCCAUGUCGAGCGCACAAAACGUGGUUUCCUCCCCAUUGGAGAUGAAAGGGUUGAGCCCUUUUGAUCAUAAGAUUUCCAUGGCUAAACGCUACGCUCAUGAGGGAGUGGUUGCCGGAGCCAAAGCAGCAGUUGUAGCAAGCAUUGCCACAGCAAUACCUACUUUUGCCUGUGUGAGAACGCUGCAAUGGGCAAAGUACAACCUUAACCCCACAGCACAAGCCCUCGUCAUUUCUACUGUGGCUGGUGCUGCCUACUUCAUUGUUGCAGACAAGACGGUGUUGGCAUCUGCAAGGAAGAACUCCUUCAAAGAUAUCCAAGCCUGAAGAUGAAGCGGCAAAUUGUAGUGGGGAUACUUCUUUUAUAAUCUGUGGAGUUAUCCAUCCAUGCAACUCCACCAUCUCUGUUGGGCCUUUGAGCCUGAUAGGCUUCAGCUUCUUUCUACUUGUUCUGUAUGAUAAAUAAACUCCCAUGGAGUGUUAUAAAUGCACGCAGACGUUUAGUCUGUGGUCCUCUUUUAUGAAAAGUUGAAACUCUUAAAAGAAAUUUUUCAGAUUUUCGAGAGAUGGGUAGUGAGGACCGAAG